AUGCCUGGAAAGAUCCUCUGCGUAGCGGAGAAACCUUCCAUUGCAAAGGCCGUAGCAGGCCAUCUCUCAGGAGGGCAGUAUCAGACCUCAAACACAGGCAACACGUACAUAAAAAACUACUCCUUUACCUUCGACUUUGGUCCACCAUGGGGCAAUUGCAAUGUUGUCAUGACCUGUGUUUCAGGUCAUUUGACCGAACUUACUUUCGGUCCAGAUUAUAAUGACUGGAGUUAUCCUCCCCCGGAGCGUCUGUUCGAUGCCCCUGUCCGUACAACUAUUGAUCAGAAAAACAGAGCUAUCUCCUCGAAUAUUGAAAACCAGGCAAGAGGUGCCAGGGCUCUCUUCAUCUGGACUGAUUGCGAUCUGGAAGGAGAGCAUAUUGGUAGCGAGGUGCGGGCAGAAGCUCUGAAAGGCAACAGUCGACUCGAGGUUAAGAGAGCAAGAUUCAGUAAUAUCGAGAGGGCACACGUUAUUCGUGCGGCAAAGAACCCCAUUGAUCUUGAUGAUCGUCAGGUUAAUGCGGUUGCUGCUCGCAUGGAGCUGGAUCUGAGAAUUGGGUAUGCUUUCACAAGGUUUCAGACCAAAACUCUUCGAGCAUUGGGCGGCCCAUUCUCCGAUCUUAUCUUAAGCUACGGGUCUUGCCAGUUCCCAACCCUUGGUUUUGUUGUGGACCGCUACUUCAGAGUCAAAAACUUUGUGCCAGAGCCUUUCUGGAGUAUCAAAGUCACACACAAACGAGACGAUAUUAAUGUAGUUUUCAACUGGAGACGAAACCGCCUCUUCGACCGUGCAGUGGUAACCAUACUAUUUGAGAGAUGCCUUGCUGCAAAGACUGCGAAGGUCACCAAAGUCCAGGAGAAGCCAACUAGUAAGUGGAGGCCAUUGCCUUUGACAACGGUGGAGUUACAGAAAAUGGCUAGCAGGUUCCUGCGCAUGAACAGUCAGCAGGCUAUGAGCAUUGCAGAAAAUUUGUACAACAAGGGCUUCAUCAGCUAUCCAAGAACCGAAACAGACCGUUUCGAUAAAGGGAUGAACCUUCGGGCUUUGGUCGAGAAGCAGACUCCGGAUAACCGGUGGGGAGCGUUCGCUCAAAACCUGGUAAAUGGAGCCUUCAGACAACCGCGGGAGGGAAGACACGAUGAUAAGGCACAUCCUCCUAUCCAUCCAAUAGCAUACUGCGCCCCGACAGCAUUGAACGCCGAGGAAGGUCGCGUCUACGAAUUUAUCACGCGCCGAUUUCUGGCUUGUUGUUCAGACGAUGCGAAAGGCAAAGCUACAGAUGUCGAGAUCGAGUACGGGGACGAAAUGUUUCACACGCGCGGCCUCAUCGUCUUGGAACGAAACUUCCUCGACGUGUACCCAUAUGAGAAGUGGACUAAUAGCGCGGUCUUACCGAACUUCACGCUUGGAGAGAGAUUCGAACCUACAGAGGCUUUGAUGACAGACGGGAAAACCUCUGCCCCUGGGUACCUUACGGAGCCUGAGCUUAUUGCGUUGAUGGAUGCCAAUGGUAUUGGCACUGAUGCUACGAUGGCUGAACAUAUUGCGAAGAUCAAGACCCGAAGCUAUGUCUACACACAACCAAAGACAGCAGGGCGAGGUGGAGGUGGCAACGAUGGCAGCGACAGUGAUGAAGCACCUGCCGCCGGACGCGGAGGCAGAGGAGGGCGAGGCGGAAGAAGUAAUAGAGGAGGUCGGGGGGGAGGCGGAAGGGGAGGGGGAGGGGGAGGGGCAGCUGGUGGUGGAGUUGAAGAAUUCAUACCCUCGACGCUUGGUGUAGCGCUCGUGGCUGGCUAUGACAGAAUGGGGUUUGAAACAAGUCUCAGCAAACCAUUCCUUCGAAAGGAGAUGGAGUUGCGUAUGAAGGCGAUCUGUGAAGGUCGGGCGACACGUGCCGAAGUGAUGCGGGAGAGUUUAAGACAGUACAGGGAUGUAUUCAUGCAAUCCAAGGAGAGGGUUCACCUCUUGAAGGAUUCUUGCAGGACAUAUGUGCUCAAUAAUGGGGCGGGUCUAUAG